AUGGCACAUAUCACAGACUGUCAAGCUGGGCAGUGGUGGCACAAGACUAAUCCCGGGACCCCGGAGAGUGGAGGCAGGGAGAUCUCUGAGUUCGAGGCCAGCCUGGUCUACAGAGCGAGUUCCAGGGCUGCCAGGGCGACACAGAGAAAACCCUGUCUCGAAAAACUAAAGAUCGCAGAUUCUCCAAAACUCUGCUGCUUAACACCACCAUCGGUACCUCCCGCACCCCACUCGCGUCUACCCACUCUGCCGCCCGUUAAAGCCCGGUACUCCUUUCCAAGGAUCCCCAUUCGCCUCUGUGUCCCGCCGCGGAACCAGAGGCACCGAGGAAUGCCGCCAAGCCGGAAAGGCUGCGUGCCAGUGGUCCACCCGGAAGUGCGCCCCCCAUCGGGUUCCCCGGAGGCCCCCCAGCGCCGGCCGCCCAGGCACCCACCUGCCCUAGUACGGUCGCGGCCAUGAUCCGUGCGGCCCGUAACUGUGCCCGCCUGGGGCGCGGCCUGGUGAAGACAUUCCGGCCCCGCCCUGCUCACGCCCCCUCCCGCGGAGCCGAGGGCUGCUCUCUGCGGGCCUGGCU